AUGGCGGCAAACAGAAACCGCCGUCUUGCCAAAGAAAUCCAGGACGUCCAAAAGGAUACGCACUCCGGUGUCUCGCUCGAGCCGCUGAACAAGGCCCAAACCGGCUCCGACACUCUUGAUGACUUGACACAUUUCAAGGGUGUCUUCCGCGGUCCACCAGACACUCCCUAUCAUGGCGCCAUCUACCAUGUCGACAUCAAAAUCCCGAACGACUAUCCCUUCCAGCCACCUGUCAUGAAGUUUACCACAAAGAUCUGGCACCCAAACAUCUCCAGUGUGACCGGUGCCAUCUGUCUCGAUACCUUAGGCUCGGCCUGGUCUCCUGUCCUCACCCUCAAGUCCGCCCUCAUCUCUCUCCAGUCACUACUAUCUUCGCCCGAACCAAAAGAUCCACAAGACGCCGAAGUUGCUCGCAUGCUCAUCACAAAUCCAAAAGAGUUUGAACACGUCGCUCGUGAAUGGGCAAUCAAGUACGCCGGUGCUCCUGAAGCUUGUCCAGGCUCUGAAGGCACCGGCGCAGAGGGAAGUGGAGGUGUGACCGAGGAGUCCCUCAAGAACAAGGACGAUCAGAGACGAGACAAGGCAGAAGCCGCAAAGCUUGCUCAAUAUCACGGCUACAACAAAUCUCUGGUAGAUCGCUUCUCCGCCAUGGGCUUCGAUGUCCCAACCGUGGUUGCCGCCUUUGAGUUCACUGGUAUUGACAAGAACGACGGCGAGGACUACGAGCUCGAAGAAGAGUACAUGGGCGACAUUACCGCAAGGCUGUUUGGCGAAGCGUGA